AUGGCCGAGACAGCUGAUUCCAAGCCCUCCAACAAACGAUUCCGUAAAGACAAACCCUGGGAUACCGAUGAUAUCGAUCACUGGAAGAUUGACGAGUUUAAGCCGGAAGACAUCAAAGGCCCAUUUGCCGAAGAAUCCUCGUUUGCCACACUCUUUCCUAAAUAUCGUGAAAAGUAUCUACGAGAAGUAUGGCCUAUGGUGACAAAAGCUCUCGAGAAACAUGGCAUUUCAUGUGUGCUCGAUCUUGUGGAAGGUUGUAUGACUGUCAAGACUACUCGUAAAACCUACGAUCCCUAUGCUAUCCUCAAAGCUCGUGACAUGAUCAAAUUGCUUGCAAGAAGUGUACCCUUCCCACAGGCUGUCAAGAUUUUGGAGGAUGGUGUUGCAUGUGACAUUAUCAAGAUUGGCAACAUUACACGUAACAAGGAACGCUUUGUCAAGCGUCGACAGCGAUUAAUCGGUCCUAAUGGCAACACACUCAGGGCUAUUGAAUUAUUGACAAAAUGCUACAUGAUGGUGCAAGGCAAUACAGUAUCAGCUAUGGGUCCUUAUCAGGGUCUUAAAGAACUUCGACGGAUUGUGCUGGAUUGUAUGAAGAAUGUCCAUCCAAUUUACCACAUCAAGGAACUCAUGAUUAAACGUGAGCUGGCCAAGGAUCCCAAGCUGCAAAAUGAGAACUGGGACCGGUUCCUGCCUCAAUUCAAGAAACGCAAUGUCAAGAAACCCAAAAAGACUGUACCAAAGAAACCCAAGAAGGAGUACACACCAUUCCCACCCGCACAACAGCCAUCAAAGAUCGAUUUGCAAUUGGAAAGUGGCGAGUACUUUGUCAAAGACGUGGAGCAAAAGAGAAAGAAGCGAAAGACCCAAUAA